UAAAUUGCGAGUUAUCGUAAUUGUUUCAUUGUAGCAGAUUGAGCUUCUCUGUACGUGCAUUUGAGCGUUGGGCGCCUUUGGGUGACGGCUUAGCCAUGAUACUCUAAACUGAGAGUAGGUAAUUAUUACCAAUAUGGGUGACCAAGGCGAAGUUAAUGAUAUAAUGAACCAAAUGCAAAAGUUCUCGUGGGUGGACUAUGUUGUGUUCGUAUUUAUGUUGGCGAUCAGUGCUGUUGUGGGAAUAUAUUGGGGUUUCAUGAAGAAACAGACGACGCAAGCAGAUUAUCUCCUCGGCGGAAGGAAUAUGAAAGUUGUGCCAGUGGCGAUGUCGCUUGUUGCAAGUUUCGUCUCUGGGAUAACACUGCUCGGAUCACCGACUGAAGUGUACAUGUAUGGGACGCAGUACGCGUACAUCAUCGCAGCAAUAUUCUUGAUGAGCAUUCUGAUGACGCAGAUAUAUCUACCUGUAUUUCAUGAGCUGAAGCUCACUUCAAAUUAUGAGUACUUAUCUAUCAGAUUCGACAACAGAGUUCGAUUAUUUGGAUCUGUACUUUUUGCUUUUACGCUGAUAGGAUGGUUACCAAUUGUUAUUUACGUGCCAGCGUUGGCUUUUAACCAAGUAACCGGUGUUGACGUCCACGUGAUCACUCCAAUAGUAUGUUUGGUCUGCAUAUUUUACACGAGUGCUGGAGGUUUACAAGCUGUGGUUUGGACCGACGUCAUUCAAAUAACCGCAAUGUUUGGAGCGAUGGCUUUAGUAGCGAUAAAAGGUACGAUUGAUGUGGGAGGUAUUGGCGUGGUUUGGCAAAGAAACAUGGAAAGUGGACGCAUAGAACUACCCAAUUGGGAUCCAAAUCCUCUAACACGUCAUACAAUAUGGAGUCUGGUGGUUGGUGGCCUUGUGUAUUGGCUGCAGGCUAACGCAGUGAAUCAGACAAUGGUGCAGCGAUAUUUAUCAUUGCCGACAUUAAAGGGUGCAAAAUGGGCCGUUAUUCUGUUCUGCAUCGGGAUAUCACUGCUGUAUUGUUUCUGCGUGUAUUGUGGUCUAUUGAUAUACGCGCGGUUUCAUGAUUGCGAUCCUUUACAAACUAAGUUGGCUAAGGCUAAGGAUCAACUCUUACCGCUGUUAGUGAUGGAUGUGUUGGGUAAUAUACCGGGAUUACCUGGAGUGUUCGUAGCUGGUAUAUUCAGUGCAGCAUUGAGUUCAUUAUCAACGAGUUUGAACUCUAUGUCAGCGGUUGUUUUGGAAGAUUUUUAUAAACCAUUUUUCAAGAAAGAACUCUCGGACACACAAAGCAAUUGGCUGAUGCGAGGUGUCGUCAUCCUUCUGGGCACACUUUGUGUAGCUCUAGUUUUUAUAGUUGAGAAAAUGGGAACAAUAUUACAACUGACGAUGACAUUGGAGUCAAUGACGAUGGGUCCGCAACUUGGUGUGUUUACGAUGGGUAUACUUAUGCCUUGGGUGGAUGCGACGGGCGCUCUAGUCGGAGGUGUGAGUGGUGUAGCGGUGAUGUCGUGGUGGUGUCUGACAGCGCAGUUGGCCAUAGCCCGCGGGCAGAUCACGCACGAACACAAGCCACUGGACGUACUCGGUUGUCAAUAUAACUUCACUGCUUCAGAAGUUGUUGGUGACAGAUUGGACCCCAGCGAGGACGUGAACCCCAUGCUGCAAGUGUCCUACAUGUGGUACACUUUAUCCGGGGCCGUGGUGACUAUGUGCGUGGGAGCGGCCGUCUCCCGAGUGAAUAGGGCUCGUGGUAAACCGCAUCUCCCACCAGCUCCCAACCUACUUGCGCCCCAACUGCGCCGACUGUACAAGGAACCCCCUCAUCCUACUGACGAACCUUAUAUACGAGCUUACGGCAAUAAUAAGGAAGCCGCAAAAAUAAACUCUACCUCAAUAAACAUGAAAUCAAUGACGGAGUGUGCAGAAAUUAGUUGAUUAUGUUUGUUUUUAAUUUAUAAA